CUUCCUCAAGUGCUGCUCGUACAACCCGCGCACCGUGCUCGUGGUGUCCUCCAGCAUGUGGCAGAUCUACGACGCGUCCGACUUCUCGGUGCUGUGCUCGUCGUCGGGUGACGAGGGCGAGCGGUGGCAGCGCGGCGAGUUCCUCACCGCCGACCGGGUCAUCGUGUGGGCCGACUCCGGCCACGCCUUCAUCUACAGGCUGCCGCCCAAAAAACUGCGAGGAAAGGCAGUUAGCUGCAUCCCGACGCACGAGGCAUUCCACUCGCGGGAGGCCGACGAGCCGUUCCUUACUGCGUGCUGUCGUCACCCGGCGAGCAGCUGCUGGCAGCAGCAGCUGUACCGGCCGCCAGAGAUGCCGCCGACGGUGCUGUGGAGCAUCGAGAGGGCGUGGCAGUCGAUGAAGCCUCCUCCCGUCGGUGUCCUGGACCAGCUGGAGUCGGCGGACGGCUCGGCGCCGCUGCUGACGUCCAGCAUCUACCUGCCGCUGCAGGAGGGCCGGCUGGUGUGCGGCCGCGAAGACGGCACCAUCAUCAUCGUCUCGGCUACGCACACCGUCAUGCUCCACCUGCUGCACGGCAAACACCAGAGCUACGACAUGGUUCCUAAAACGUUGGAAGAGGACCUCUGA